GUUCGAAGAAGUGAACCACCCUGCUGCUGUCAUAGGCUGCUGCGUUCUCUUAAUACAUCCAUGGGCUGCUGUCGAGUCAACCAAACGCUCACUGGACUCCGAUGUAGACGUCUCGUGACUAAAUAAGACCAACGCGGAAGACACACACAAGGUUUUGACAGCUGGAUGACUGUAAAAGUAAUAUAUACAGUCAUUGUAUGGGACAAAACAGUUUACAGGGUGCCAGAAUGACUUCCCCUGUCCGUGUCGUCGUGGUGGGAGCUGGCAGUCGAGGGGAGAUCUACUCCCAGUAUGCAUCUGUCCACCCUGAUCGCGUUAAGGUUGUUGGAGUAGCUGAUCCAAGGAAAUUUGCUCGCACUAAACUUCAACAGCAACACAAAAUUGUAGAUGAAAACAUAUUUGAAGACUGGCACAGUAUAGUUGAAAGAGAGAGGUUUGCAGAUGCAGUGCUAAUUUGUACUCCAGACCGCCUUCAUAAGGAACCUGCGGUGGCCUUUGCAAAGAAGGGCUACCACAUUCUGCUGGAGAAACCAAUGGCAACAACUGUUGAAGACUGCACGGCGAUUGUGGAGGCUUGCACUCAGAGUGGCGUGAUGCUAUCAGUGGGUCAUGUUCUUCGGUAUGAUCCCGUCAUCCACAAGAUAAAGGAGCUGAUAGAUGCUAGAGUCAUAGGCGAUGUGAUGCACAUUCAGCACUUUGAGCCGGUUGGAUUUUACCACUUUGCUCACUCAUUUGUUCGGGGGAACUGGAGGAAUGAAGCAGAGAGCUCUUUUGCUCUUUUGGCUAAAUCGUGCCACGACAUCGACCUAAUACAUCACUGGGCUGGACCACGCAGGUGUGUGAAAGUGUCAUCAUUUGGAUCUGUCAGCCACUUCGGAAAAGAAAACAAGCCAACAGGUGCUGGAAAUCGCUGCCUGGAUUGUUCAGUAGAAAAAAACUGUCCAUACUCAGCAUGCAAAAUCUACCUGGAUAGAGUAAAACAGGGUCACACUGGCUGGCCUGUAUCAGUCAUAUGUCCGAGCUCGUUCCCAGACAUCGAAUCAGUAACUGAGGCCCUGAGGACUGGACCAUAUGGCCGCUGUGUCUACGAGUGUGACAAUGAUGUCUGCAGUAACCAGGUUGUUAACAUGGAGUUUGAAGGGGGUCUGACGGCAGCCUUUUCCAUGGUGGCGUUCACCGAGGAGCUGUGCAAGCGAAAAACAACCAUCUAUGGCAGCAAGGGGGAGCUGUCAUGUGACAGCCAUGAGAUACGCGUGUUUGACUUUCUGACCCAAAGAUCCACAAAGCACACGGCACACAAUGACGCCCCCAGGCAGUUUGGCAUGAGUGGACACGGUGGAGCAGACUACUACCUUAUGGAUGCCUUUAUUUCUGCUGUGGCACAAAACGAUCCAUCCCUGAUCCGUGCAGGUCCUAAGGAGACGCUGCUGAGCCAUUUGCUGGUGUUUGAAGCUGAGCGUUCGCGACUGGAGAGCAGGGUGGUACACUGUGGUAACACUGGCCAGAGCUAGACACGACAUGACAUUAAACCAAUCUCACCUUAAAAAUCAAACACUAUAAUGAAAUGGACAAUGAAACUCCUCUUGCUUCUGCUAUCAACUGAACUCAGGGCAAAAUUGUGUAAUGAGGCUGAUUGUUUAGUUCAUAUUGUUCAGGGAAGUGUGUGUAUGUGUGUGUCUGUUAAGUUAAAAUUAAAGUAUUUAGUAAUGUUUUUUGAUAGAGUAGUGUCCAUGUAAAAUAUUCUCAUAAUUUCUAGUAAAAACUGUGUAAUUUAAA